ACGCCGCGACCGAGAACAAGCGAGAGCGGGGUUUUCGUCGGUGGGGAAAAAAUUUAAAGCGAGGGGAAAAAAAAGAAGAAAAAAAAGGUGGGGAAAAAUGUCUGCUUCUUUAACUUCUUCCCUCUCCCUCGCUUUCAAUCGGCACCGCCACGUUUGCACCCAAAAUCACACCCACUCCUCCAUCCCCAUCCAGCUCUAUCCGCCACGUGGCAGAGUGUCAGCGCGCGCCAAGUUCGAGAAGUUCGACGGCGAUGCCACCACAGGUCCCGCCGCCUCCGAGUCCGAAGUGGAUUCGGGCCAAGAGCAGCGAGAGUCAGUGGAGGAUCAAGAUAGCGAUUUGCCUUCAGAUUUGGAGGAUGCGAUUCGGCAGUCGAGCAAAGCCAGCGCGGACUUCAUAUCCAGUGGAGGGAUGAGAGCAAUGGUAGAACUUUUAAUUCCUCAAUUGCAAUUUCUUGACGCUGAAGGUGCUCAAGCUGAGCUAUGGGAAUUGUCGAGAAUUUUCUUGGAGACUUUAAUUGAGGAGACGGGAAUUCAGAGGGUAAGAGCAAUAUUUCCUGAUGCUGGAGCAGCAGCUCUUUUAAAAUAUCAGUGGAAAGAUGUGAAAUUUGGGUUUUCCAGCUUAAGCGACAGGAAGCCUGUAGAGGAUGAAGAUGAAGUUGUGGUUAUGAUAGUUCCAGACUACCAAAUGUUAGAAUAUGUGGAGCGCAUUGCAUCUAAGCUUUCAGGUGAAACGCCAAGACCUCUCAUCAUGUGGAAUCCACGUCUUGUGAGUGAAGAUGUUGGAGUUGGCUUCAAUGUCCGCAAGCUACGUAAAUAUUUCUUAAGCACCUUUACUGUUGUUUAUUCAAUGAGGCCUCUCCCAUCUGGUGCAAUCUUUAGAUGCUAUCCAGGAAUGUGGAAAGUGUUUUAUGAUGAUGUGAAUAGGCCGAACAGAUAUCUACUAGCAAAGGAACUACCCAGCCGUCCUGAUGCAACAGAAGUUGAGUUAAUCUUUGGAAACGUAUCUGAGGAGUUUGAAAAGGGACCUUCAUUGUUGGAUGCAGCCAUGGGGAUGCUCACUUCAUUAAACCGAUUUAUGAAAGCCAUAUCCAGGUGAAUAUCAGCUCAUGCUUCAUACUGUGGUGUACCGCUAUGUGAAGCUAUCAUGGAGAUGUUACUAUUUACAUGUUUACCUUACUACAUCGGGUGUAAUUCAGAAGAUAUAGCAAGUUCUUCAUAGGUUUUUUUCCCCUUCCAAAUUUUGUUACAAUCAGAAUGUAAUGAUCUUUAUAACCACAGCAUGUCUGGUUCACUACUCCAGUUAUUUGAAUACAGUUCCGAAGUCUUCUUAUGA